AUAGAAAAAUCUGUAGGCGGUGAAGUGAAGUCGCGUGGUGAAGUGCUGAAAACACAACUAGCUAAGUGUAAAGGGGCGCAAGCAAAUGUAAACUGUAGGGUUGAGACCUUAGGUAAAAUUAUUGGUGGUUUUUGUGAGAUGAAAAGGCAAUGGGUUAGAGACAUGGGUUUUGAGGGAUUACUUUAUUUGAGGGGGAAGAGAUUACCACGGAAUUUUUGCUAUUGGUUGAUGACAUUGGUAGACACUUGUAGGAAUGUGAUAAUGUUCCCGGGGGGGGGUAGAGUACCCUAUGGAUAAGCGACAGGUGCAUUGGGUAUUAGGUAUACCUCAUGGACCGAAAAGAGUUCCACUUGUAGCACGAAAUGAAAAUGUUAAGAGGGCAGUACUAGAAAUACAGCAGAAGUAUGGUUCCUCAGUUGGUAUUCCUAUGGUAAAGGUAAUUGAGAAGGUUGAGGGGAUAAGUACUUCGGAGGAUGAAGUUGAAUUCAAGACUGCAUUCUUGAUGCUUGCUUUGUGUGAUUUUUUGUGCCCAACAACAUGUAGAAGGUUAGAGAGUGACUUAGUGGUUGCAUCAACAUUGGCCGUGGAUGCUCACAAAUAUGAUUGGGCGUCGCUUGUAUUGGAUAAGUUAUUAGUACAUGCGCGUCACUUUGCAGAAAAGUUUUACAGGGAAGGGUAUGCGAAAGGUUGUGGAGGUUGCACGUAUUUUCUUGCGAUUAUGUACCUUGAUCGAUUGCAUCGUCCUCCUGUGCGUUGGGGAUUAUUUCCGAGGUUAAAAGCGUGGUCUGCGAAAGAUGUGACUGAAGCGAAAGAAGCUGAUCGACAAAGUGGGAAGGGAGAUUAUGGGAAUAUUGGGUGCAUUGACUUGGCGUACGGUGAGAAACAUCGUUAGUUGCGAGAGACACGAUGGGAC